AAAAAAAACUCCGCAGAUCUAGCUUUUUCCUGUCUGUGCGUUGUACUUUAAAAACGACACUGGAGUGAAAUUUUCAGAGAGUGAAAUUGUGAUUAGGAUGACUUUGAGACUUUUAUGAAGCAGAAUGGAAAGAUUUGAAAAAGAAUUAGGUAUCUGAUGGUCAGAGAGAAAAAAAAAAUUAGAUGAUUCUGAGAUUAUAAGCUUUGAAGAAGAGGUAGGUGGUGAUGUCAUAAUACAAAUGAGAGGUGGAAUCUAUACUAGGAAGAGUAGGCUUGGUUAGGGGGAGUGAGUAGUUUUGAAAAUGGUAAAUUAAAGGCACCAUCUUUGGGACUUCCAGGAGAAAUAAUGUUAAGAAAGAAAGUGGAGAAAACAUGGAGCAAUGCAGCAAGUCUUGGAAAACCUUACGGAGCUGCCCUCAUCUACAGGAGCAGAAGAAAUAGACCUAAUUUUCCUCAAGGGAAUUAUGGAGAAUCCUAUUGUAAAAUCACUUGCUAAGGCUCAUGAGAAGCUAGAAGAUUCAAAACUAGAAGCUGUCAGUGACAAUAACCUGGAAUUAGUCAAUGAAAUUCUUGAAGAUAUCACUCCCCUAAUAAAUGUGGAUGAAAAUGUGGCAGAACUAGUUGGUAUACUCAAAGAGCCUCACUUCCAGUCACUCUUGGAGGCCCAUGAUAUUGUGGCAUCAAAGUGUUAUGAGUCACCUCCAUCAAGCCCAGAAAUGAAUAAUGCUUCUAUCAAUAAUCAGUUAUUACCAGUAGAUGCCAUUCGUAUUCUUGGUAUUCACAAAAGAGCUGGGGAGCCAUUGGGUGUAACAUUUAGAGUUGAAAAUAAUGACCUAGUAAUCGCCAGAAUUCUUCAUGGAGGAAUGAUAGAUCGACAAGGUCUACUUCAUGUGGGAGAUAUCAUUAAAGAAGUUAAUGGCCAUGAGGUUGGAAACAAUCCAAAGGAAUUACAAGAAUUACUGAAAAAUAUUAGUGGAAGUGUCACCCUAAAAAUUUUACCAAGUUAUAGAGAUACCAUUACUCCUCAACAGGUAUUUGUGAAGUGUCACUUUGAUUAUAAUCCAUAUAAUGAUAACCUGAUACCCUGUAAAGAAGCAGGAUUGAAGUUUUCCAAAGGAGAAAUUCUUCAGAUUGUAAACAGAGAAGAUCCAAAUUGGUGGCAGGCUAGCCAUGUAAAAGAGGGAGGAAGCGCUGGUCUCAUUCCAAGCCAAUUCCUGGAAGAGAAGAGAAAGGCAUUUGUUAGAAGAGACUGGGACAAUUCAGGACCUUUUUGUGGAACUAUAAGUAGCAAAAAAAAGAAAAAAAUGAUGUAUCUCACAACCAGAAAUGCAGAAUUUGAUCGUCAUGAGAUCCAGAUAUAUGAGGAGGUAGCCAAAAUGCCUCCAUUCCAAAGAAAAACACUAGUACUGAUAGGAGCUCAAGGUGUGGGCCGAAGAAGCUUGAAAAACAGGUUCAUAGUAUUGAAUCCCACUAGAUUUGGAACUACAGUGCCAUUUACUUCACGGAAACCGAGGGAAGAUGAAAAAGAUGGCCAGGCAUAUAAAUUUGUGUCACGAUCUGAGAUGGAAGCAGAUAUCAAAGCUGGAAAGUAUUUGGAACAUGGGGAAUAUGAAGGAAAUCUCUAUGGAACCAAGAUUGAUUCUAUCCUAGAAGUUGUCCAAACUGGACGAACUUGCAUUUUGGACGUCAACCCACAAGCACUGAAAGUAUUGAGGACAUCUGAGUUUAUGCCCUAUGUGGUAUUUAUCGCUGCUCCAGAGCUAGAGACAUUACGUGCCAUGCACAAGGCUGUGGUGGAUGCCGGAAUCACUACCAAGCUUUUGACGGACUCUGACCUGAAGAAAACAGUGGAUGAAAGUGCACGGAUUCAGAGAGCAUACAACCAUUAUUUUGAUUUGAUCAUCAUAAAUGACAAUCUAGACAAAGCCUUUGAAAAACUACAGACUGCCAUUGAGAAACUGAGAAUGGAACCACAGUGGGUCCCAAUCAGCUGGGUUUACUGAUGACUCAGUAAGGUUAACAAUUAAAGUUAAACUUUUAAAAAGUGACUGCAACAAAUAAACCUUCUACUGAGAAAAUACAUGCACAGAUAGAAGAAAUCUGCCAAGUCCAGGCAUUUUUAUUGUGUAGAUUGAAGUAACAGUACACUAUUCUGAAUUUUUAUAUAAAAUGUGGUUGGGAAGGUGUACUAAUAUAUAAUUUAUCUUAAUUUUUCUAACUUUUUAUGGAUAAUCUUUCUAUUCAUAUCACAUAAAUGCGUUGAAGCA